ACAAUAGAAACCAAUAUGGCGAAUACCGCUAUCAUAAUUAAUAUACGCUGAUUUUAUUUUAAAAAAAAUGAAUUAAAGCUUAUAUUAUUUAACAGAUACUUGAUCUAGAUCUAAUGAAUUUAAUGGGAAAAUUGUUCAGCAAACGAAGUAGAUCUAGAUCUAAAAGCGCCGGAGACGGCCGCUUUACCAGGCCAGACUUGGUAUCUGUUGCAUCAGAAGCUGCACAUGGAGGCUGUGGUGACACAAAGCUGACUGUGUCUAAUUGCAAUGUCAAACUUCAGCAUACUGAUGCAAUUGCCAGCGUGGCCUGUUAUCUACCAGGCUUGUGCCUAUCAGGAAGUAAAGAUAUGUGUGUAUUACUGUACAACUACAACAGUCAAAAAGUGAUUAAUAGAUGGCAAGGUCACACAGGUCCUGUAACAAAGGUUUGUUAUGGUUCAUCUUGCAAAGGUGUUUUCAGCUCUUCAAGAGAUAAAACUAUUAAACUUUGGGAAAUUGGAAAUCCAAAUUUUAAGCAAGACUUUGUUGGGCAUUCUUUAGUUGUCACUGCUAUCCAUCUAAAUAAAGAUAAUAGUCUCUUAUGCAGUGGUUCAAGAGACAAUUCUGUGAAACUUUGGGAUGUGGAAUCAGCAACUUGCAUCAAAACUAACAGCAUAGCUCAGAAUUUGGUCACAGACUUAAAAUUUAUACCAGAAUCUUCUUUGAUUGUACAGACAGGGGAAGAUAAACAAGUAAGAGCAUUUGAUGUUCGUUCCCUCCAGCCAGUUUUUACUUUACCGAGCAAGCAGUAUAUACAGAUGUGUUGUGAUGUUAGUUCUGAUGGAAACUAUGUAGUAUCAUCCAGCAAUGGAUUCUCCGGAAAAGGCUGUGAAGUCACGAUCUGGGACAUACGUUGCAGAAAAUUGGUGAAAGAACUUUUUGGCCACCAGGAAGCUGUAGAAGCCUGUUUAUUUCUCCCAGGCUCCAAUGCAGGACAUGUUAUAUCAGCUUCCAGAGACUGUACUGUUAAGUUGUGGAAUGUUCCCACAGGAGUUCAGGAGACACAAUGCUGUUUUAGUGGAAGUGGACCGUUGACCUCUCUUGCUGCAUACCAGGAUGGAAGUGUUCUAGUUGGUUCUUUCAACCAAGGCAUACAUCUACUCACUUUAAAAGAUCAGAAUUUUGUCCAAGUAAUGUAUUUUUGAAUGAAACAUCUGACCUAGACAACAACAAAAAAUGCUACCUUCUUAACUGUACUUUGGUCGCAACUACUUCAUGCAAGUACCUGCAUUGUCAAAUUAAAAAUUAAGUCCAUUUUAGCUGGAGUCUCAGGUGUCCAGUUUAGGAGAUUCACAUUGAAAGUUGUUUAAAUACAAAAUAUAUAAAGAUUGUCUUUUUUGACAUACCGUAUUUACUACAGCUCUUUUACUAAACCUGUAGUUAUUUUUUUGGUCUAUUGGUUAUACAUACUAUGUAAUUAGUAAACUGAGGUGUUUAGAAUUAUUAGCAAUUGUUUUGAACACUUACACUUAAGGAUGUGCAAAUUCUAUAGUUUACAACCAAGAUGUUACAUGAGCAGAGCUAUAACAUUUUGGUUAAGUGGAGAACAAAUUAUAUAUCGUGCCCCCUCACCAAAGGAUUGGAAAUAUUGAAUGGGAAUGCUGGGUUAGACGAACAUUAAAAAAUAUAGAUAGACUGUUGGAGCAAAUAGUAGUUUUAUUUCAAUACCUGGUAAUAAAAGAAUUACAAGCAAGUUUUGUUUUUUUUUGCCUAUUAAUGCAAUGACAAUCUGAUCAACUGAAGCCUUGAGAUUAAAUUAUGCCAAGUAAAUUUUAUCAGGAAAUGAUCUGCUUGCAAGAAAAAGUUUUUGACUUUAAAUAUAUAAUUUAAUGGAGUUUUUUUGUCAAAUUGUUCUUGAAAACCUGUUAUUUAACCAUUGGAUUUAUAAUGUAACAUUACAUUUUAAGCCUAGCUUCUCAGUUCUAUUCAGUUGCUUGUCUUAUUCAUUUUGUAUACAAAUCUCAAUGCCUUUUGUCUAAUAAUAUUUCUUUUAACAUAGGAUUUAGCCAAAAUAAAUUUGGAAUUUUACAAAAUUUCACAAAUUGUCACUAGUUAUUUUUUUUAUUUUGUUACAGAAAUAAGCUAAAUUAAGCUAAAAAACAAUGUUAAUGAUGAAUAUCUUGUAUUAUAACAAUUAAUUAGUCUAUUACACCUUUUUUUUUAACCCUUAACUGCCCCUCCAUUAACUUCAGAUAACAUUUUUCAUUACAUUCAAGAAGAACAUUAAGAUCUCUUUGUUCCAAACUUUUAGAUUUGUUUGUCAUUUAAACUCAUUCCCAAGUGUUUAUGCUUGUUAUGAUAGGUGGUGCCUUAAGCCUACAUUAUGUCAAUUAACAGCUCUUUUAUACAUUAAAUUUUCAUAUUAAUAAUCAUUAGAUCAGAAUUAAACAAUGGAAAGAUUUAAAAAACUUCAAAAUGCACACUAUUUGUUUUUAAUCAAAGUUACUAAUUAACCAUAGUUGAUAAAAAAUCUUUACCUGAAAUUCAAUUCAGUUGUCAAAAAUAAUUAAGAAAAUAAAAUUGGCUCGCUUAAGCAGGUCCGGGCCCUUCAUGGACUGAAGCGCCACUGGGAUGGAUGGAUGUUAUUAAUGCCCAAAACCACAGGGAAGUCCUUUUGUUAUUAUGGAGUGUGUUUAUAUGGUGAUGGUGGGAAGAGGUUAGCUAUGGGUUGUGACUGAUGGAACAUAGGUGGCAUUGUUGCCACUUGGUUUUAGUUAGGAGAGGCAACUCCUUAACACAGCGGUUCUCAACCUUUCACAAUAUACAACUCUGCUGUGACCCCCCCCCCCUUUUCCCAAC